UGUUUAAAGCUUGGGGCGGGGGGGGGGGCGUCGCUGGAGAGUGGAGGUGAUUUGAUUUCUUCCCUAGUCAGAGUUAGGGUGCUCCAGCCUCGUUAGUUAGACGAGUCCGCGCGGCGCUGGCGGCGCGUUUUUCCCCUCAGCGCGUCCUCCUUUUCCUGAAUGGGGUCUCCCCGGAGGAAGAGGCUCUGCCUUUUGUUCCUGGUAGGAUUAGGGCUCUCUGUCAUUUUCCUCGGACAUUACUACACGGCGGAUUCGCCCCUCUGCGCCGGGACUGCGGCCAGAACACAGCAGCAAGAAACAUGGGACCUAGAAGAUACAGAAAUAUUGCAAGAUGUAAGAAAUCGUGACUUGAUCAGAAGAGCCAUCAUGAAGAGGAGAAAUUCAACCAAAGAUGCGUCUAACCCUAAGGAGAAGUCUAGAUCAUGCCUCUCGUCAUUAAAAUCGAGAGCGAAGCAGGAUCCCACAUUUGAGAAGCAGUUUGAUUUUGAUAUCCCUGUGUUUAUGUGGGAGCAACACUUCACUCCUGAGACUUGGGGGAGACUGAAGGAUCGCAGUGUUCCAUAUGGUUGGCGUGAUGUGCCGUAUCCAGUUAUUGCAUCCACGGUGCAGCUUCUCACUGAGUCUGUCCACAGUCAGCUAGUCGAUGAAACCAGGUUCCUUAACUGUUGCAUCUCCUGUGCGGUGGUUGGGAAUGGAGGAAUUUUGAAUGGGUCUCGCCAAGGGAAGAAGAUAGAUGCUCAUGACUUUGUCUUCAGGCUUAACGGAGCAGUCACCAAAGGUUUUGAGGAAGACGUUGGGACUAAGACUUCCUUCUACGGCUUUACAGUGAACACUAUGAAAAAUUCCCUUGUUGCUUAUGCAGAAUAUGGCUUCACACAGAUCCCACAGGGAAAAGACAUACAGUACAUUUUCAUUCCAUCAAAUGUACGAGACUACAUUAUGCUUCGGUCUGCCAUUUUGGGCAGUCCUGUCCCAGAGGGCUAUGACAAGGGUGAUAUCCCUGGGAAAUAUUUUGGAUCUGAGACAUCUGCAGGGAAAUUCAAGUUGCUACACCCAGAAUUCAUGCAUUAUCUAAAAGAAAGGUUUUUAAAAUCAGAAAUAAUUAAAUCUCAGUUUGGCCAUCUCUACAUACCCAGCACUGGAGCACUUAUGCUUUUAACAGCUCUACACACUUGUGAUCAGGUCAGUGCCUACGGAUUCAUCACGGAGAAUUACAAAUUGUUUUCGGAUCAUUACUACGAGCGCAAGAAAAAGCCCUUGGUGUUCUAUGCCAAUCAUGAUAUGUUACUAGAAGCCGAGCUAUGGAAGCGCUUGCACGGAGUUGGCAUUAUAAAGCUCUACCAGCGAUGAAGAUAAAACUAUUUGGGGGGGGGACUGGGGGGGACAAAGGGUGCAUCUUCCUUUGACUCUCUUUGUAUGAGAGCUCUUCUCAUGAAGAGGAGCCCUUUUUUUAUGUGUCCAGAAAUGAAACUGAUCAGCAGCACACUCCAAGCAUAUUGGACAGUCAAGGACUCUAGGAAUCAUUCCCAUUGGAUUUGGUAAAGACAGACCCAUCUGCUGUUAACAAUGGUGCAGCCAGGAGAUGCAGGAACAUCACUGCUGUACAGGAGAAUCUCAAAUACAGUUUUAUUUUAUUUUAUUGUAGGCAAGCAUUCUCCUAUGCUUGCAUACAUUAUGCAGAUUUGGGCGUCACGCUACUAUCCUCCAUCGAGGACACAUCCAGCUAAUCGGUGCUGAGGACCACAGAGCUUUGCUCACAACUAUCAUUUUUACAGUCUUAAAUGCAGAAGGCCACAACCAUCAGAACGGGGCUCCUAUUCACAAACUCUGCAUGGCCUGCAUCAAGAGAAAAUGGCUUUAUUGAAGGUGAAUAAUUUCUAAUAAAGUGUAUACUAUUCCAGUAGUUGUUUCUAGUAAGAAGGGACAUCUUUGUCAAUCUGUCCUGAAUUAUAUACACCUCUCAUCCAUCACAAACUUGAACUCAGGGAUCCUUUGAGGUGUACAAAUAUCGGCCCCCUUCUAUUUUCACAAUCAGCUGCACUAGUACUGAGUAAUUCUUCCACCUCCACAGUGGGAGAGAUCAGCCUUCUAACCGGAUGUUGUAAGACUUGAAUACUACAACGUUCAAAAUCAAUCUGUGCUAAGAAAGUUGUGGGCAAUACCUCUAUAAAUGUUUCAGUAGCCUGGAUUUCUCUAAAGAUGGAUUGUGGCUUGGGAAAAGGGAUAGUUGCAGUUGCAAACCUAACCAAGUGUUCUUAUUAAAUGUAUUUAUAUAUAAAGUAGCAAUAAAUUUGAGAGUGUCACUAUUA